AUGAUGUGGCAGCUACUGCUCUGCAUAGCCUUCGCAGAGAGUCGCAUCACAGACAGAUCGAACGCAGGUUGUAAUCUUCCUGAAGAAUGGUACAGACUCGACUGGGGAGAACAAGAAAGCUCGACGAAGCUUUUGCGGAGCUAUGAGACAAGAAACUCCAUGUCUUUUAUUUGCGACGCUGAGCAAACCGAGAGUUCACUUUAUCCAGACAAAACAAAAUGCAGAGUUUCUUGUCCGAAAAACAUGCGGCCAACUGAUCCGGAAAUCGUCUGCAGCUGCUAUAGAGCGGCGGGGGACGUUCCGCGCGACAGAUGCCGCUGGAUGCCACGACGAAGAUACACGCCAAUGAAAUGCGUUCAAGCCGACGUUGAUCAAAACAAAGACACCUUCGACUUACAGCAUCAGAUGAUGUUCAAUUUGAUGCCCGGAGAGAUCGAGCAGACCCCCUCCCUGUCUGCCCAAGAAAGUCCUGUUCGCGAGAUCGAGUUCGAAUUCGUCGUUUUCGACCCUGCGUCUGAAGUUCAGUUCAACCCAGUCGCCAUGGGUCCUUUCGAAAUGACACCUACGUUCAAUGUCAGUGAGGUCGAAACCAUCAAAAUCGACGACGAACAUAUUGGCGACGACAUCGUUUUCUCUCGCUUCCAGGCAAAGUCGCUGCGUAAAGCUGGUUAUAACAUUCCAUCUUACCGAGUGUUGCCGACGAACUUAGAAGUGGCGGCUCGGUUUGGUAUAACUCGCUCAGGAGGCACUAGCGCUGCGAUCAGUACCAGCGCAGCCACCGGCCGCAGAGUUGGAGAUCGCGCGGCAAUUGUCGCCGUCAACUCGAAAAUGGUGAAAAGUCGUUGGACGAAGUAUAAGAAGAACGGUUCAUAUAUUGUUCCCUUCUAUUUUUCAGCUAGUUUCCCUGGCUCUCGAGAAAUCCGAAAAGAAAUCGCCUCGCACGUUGAGUGGUUCAACAAAGAGACCAACUUCUGUAUCAAGAUCGAAGAAGUCGACCGAUUCGACAAGCAGUACGAGGAAAAAAUAAGAAUCAUAGACGGAAACGGCUGUUGGUCUUACAUAGGCAUGACUGGCGACAAUCCUCAGGACAUCUCUCUUGGCACGCUUUGCCACACGAGAGGACUGGCUCUACACGAAUUUCUGCAUGCACUUGGAUUUGAUCAUGAGCAAAAUAGGCCUGACAGAGAUGAACAUAUUGAGGUACACUGGGAAAACAUAGCACCGACGAAGAAAUGGAACUUCCAGAUUCUCGGCGACGGCGACUGGGAAAAUACUGGCUCUCCAUACGAUUUUCUAUCCGUCAUGCACUACUCGUCGGCGAAUUUUGCAGCUGGAUCGAAGCCGACGAUGACGAGGAGGGACAAUGGAGAGGCGGUUCGGGCACAGCGAAAUCGGCCAUCGACUCUGGACAUUUCACAGGUUUGUCACAUUUACGGUUGUCCAGAACAUUGCGGGCACGAGAUGCGCCAGUGCAAAAAUGGCCAAGAAGUCUUCAAACACCGAUUCUGCGAUGGCAUCAUCGACUGCGAAGAUGAGUCUGACGAAGAAAGUUGUGACUGGGGAUGCUGUUCCAACUUCGAGAUAACUCUGAACGGGCGAACACAUGCGUAUUCCCGAGCAGAAACAGACGGUAAGUAUUUAUUUUCAUUUUUCCACUACUGGGGAUUCGCGCAAACCCUCGGUCAGCCCAGCUUCUACUAUCACGCCAAAUGGGACGGCCAGUGUCCUGAUGAAGCUCUUUUUUGGUAUUAUAGCUGGACUAAAGGAGGAAAAGAUACAAUGACGUUGAACUGCAUUGAUGAUAAAGUAGCGAGCGUCAAAGACGAAGUCGAUUCGGAAACCGCAAAUUUUUUUGCAGCGUCGAUAUUUAAGGAAUCAACAACUACAGCGACUACAACUACCACGAGGACUACAACAACAACCAAAAAGAGCUGUCAAUUGUCGGAUCUUCCACGAAUUCCUGAUGGCAAAUGGUCGUGUUCAGCGAGCAGCUGCAGUGCCUCGUGCAACAAUCCAACAAACUUCGAGCUUGUUUGUAACAAAGAUGGAGCUGAAAGUGCGCAAUGUUUUGGCGGCCUCUGGAGUCGCCCACAUAAUAGUGCUUGUUUUUGCAAGAAAAGAGCUGCUACGUGUGGAAAACUAGUUGCAAUUCCACCAAUGUGGCUGAAUAGAAACGCAAAAUACUCGUGCACCGACGGGGACAAAGCAACGGUUUAG